GUGAGCAAUAGUUUUGAAUUAUUUAGCUUGUCGGACGAUUGUCGCCAAUUGUCGCUAAUUUUCCGCUUUCGGCGAAACCGGAGUUUUGCUUGCAGCUGCCAACCCGAUAGAAAAACUCACAAGUUUGCUAACUUUUACAUCAUGGGAGAAAAGAAUGUUUCCCUCAAAGGGAACUCAACUGCUGUUACCAUCAACACGUUGGCAGGCUUUCUAGUUGAAACAAACACAUUCUCUCAGAAAGAAAUCAGAAAGUCGUCCCCUCUAGCUCACAUGCCUGAACUUGUCCAGCCGGCUCUCAUCGGGGGAGGGGAGCGUGAUAUUAAGGAAGCUCAUGUCGAAGCCUUGGUGGACCAAAUUUCCAUUCUACAGCUCAAAAGUCGGAAUCAAUCAGUUGAGAAAGACAAUCUAGAAAAGCAAGUUUCUAUCAUGAAUGAAGUCGUGUGUCGAACCGAAAUGGACCAUAAAAAGCAAAUACAAAUAUUGGAAGGCCUAGCGCAAGAGCACCAAAGUGUUGUUCGAACUGUUAUGCAAGAGAAAGUGAUUCUACAGGUACAAGUCGACGAUCUCAAAGAAGAGAGGGAGUCGUUGAAAGCUGGAAUUGUGCAGCAGCGAAUGACACUCGAAGUAGCUCUGGAACAGCUAGCGUACUUUGAAAAGUUCUUGAACGAGAAGGGGCCCAUUUCGUUGGUUGAAAACGAUUCCCAGCAAAAAUCGAAAGAUAUAGUCCUGAACGCCAAACUGGUUCCAGCACGCGAUGGGCCUUUUUCUGAAGAUUUAGGGACGAUUUCAAUGGAAAAUAGAAAAGAAGUCGUUUCGAUAGCAGGUGAAUGUGAGAAAUUUUUGUCUUCCGAGGGAGCGGAAGCAGGAUCCUUGCUUACAUCGCGCGGUCAUCAAGAAGCAGAUAGCAUCAAAAACAGACAAAAUACACAACCCGACAAUAAAUCUCUGGCAACGUCGACGGAGUUCAAUUCGUCACGACCGACUUUGAACCAAGAAGCUCCGUACCACCCGAUGAGACCUUCGUUCCGAGUAACACCUUCCAAUACCGAAGGACGGGAGAUUGAGGACGGAAGACCGGACGUCACUGAAAAAACGAGACCGGAACAAACAGCCUUCCUGACUCUUCCAAUCUCAUCCGACUCCUUCAGCAAGCCUGCCAACAAUAGUGUCGAUCUUACCUUGAGUCGGAGCACAAGUGAUACACUAGGACUUUCCUCAAGUGAAUCGGACACAUUUCAGCCCUUUCUGGACACAGGAUCCCAGAACUUACAAUCACAGCACGAGCCACUCGGAGCAAACAUCACGGAUUCCAAGGAAAAGACGCUGUCAUACAGCAAGGGUUCAUCUGGGUCUUCCGUAUCUUCGCGCAUGUCGUAUAGUUCUUCCACUUUUUCUUGCCGUCUGCACAUUCCAUACCAGCCUCGAACUGGACGACGACUCUUGACCGGGACUGUUUUUAUGCGGAAUAUCUUCUAUCGUUGGCAACCAUUCUACGCCAUUCUAUAUCAGUGCCAAUCAUGCUAUUAGUUGAGACUCUCACAGUCUCCCGAAAUGAUGGAUCCCCGAAUAUACGAUCUGGUUUCACGACGUUCGUCUUACGCAGUUGUCCAUGCAAAGAUAGAGAAGUCGUCCUACUCGCAUUGCUUCCGUGUCGACGUCGAUAAUCAUGAUCCCAAAGCGCCCAGUAU